AUGUUAAAGUCUAAAUGUGAUAGUGUUUCCAUGAAUGAUGAAACAGAACAAUUGAAUUGCUGGCUGGAUACAAUGAAAUCGAUGAUUUGUAAUAAGUUCAGUUCAACAGCUCCGUUAUUAAAAGUUGGCAAUGUUCCUUCACCUGAAGAACUAAUGGAAAAAUUAGGUGGACUAAAUUUAGAUGAUAAUGGUAGUACUCCUACUGAAAUGGUGAAUAUGAUGAAAAUGAUUUUGGAUUAUUCACCAAACACACAACAUCCACUCUUUCUAGACAAAUUAUAUGCUAGUACGUCACCUAUAGGAAUCAUGGCCGAAUUAAUCAUUGCUACUUUAAACACUAAUGCUCAUGUUUAUAAUGUCAGUCCGGUAGUAACAUUAAUGGAAAAGAGAUGUAUUGAUGAAAUGUGUAAAUUUGUUGGUUUCGUUGACGGUGGUGGGUUUCUUAAUCCAGGUGGCAGUCAGUCGAUUUUGACAGCUAUGGUCACUGCGAGAAAUUAUUUACUAAAAUCGAUUAAACAUAAAGGAAUGGUUUUGUCGGAGAGCAAACCAUUGAUAGUAUUUACAUCAGCACAUGGUCAUUAUUCUAUUGAUAAAGGUGCUAUGGUAAUGGGUAUCGGGCUAGAUCAAGUCAUCAAAAUUAAAGCACCAGAAGGUAAGAUGGAUCCGGAAGAACUGGAAGAGAAAAUUAAAAAAUCAUUACAAGAUGGACAUCAACCAUUCUUUGUCAAUUGUACUGCUGGAACAACAGUUUUAGGAGCGUUUGACAAUAUUAACGAGAUUUCAAAGAUAUGUGCAAAGUAUGGAUUAUGGUGUCAUGUAGAUGCUUCGUGGGGAGGACCAGUAAUUUUUUCUAAACGUUACAAACAUCUCAUUAACGGAUUAGCUAACGUACAAUCAAUCAACAUAAAUCCACAUAAAUUACUAGGUGUACCGAUACAGUGUUCUGUUUUAUUGACUUAUAACAAGACAAUAUUAUCGGAAAAUUCAUUAAAUGCACAAUAUCUGUUUCACGGUGGUGAAUACGAUAUAGGCGAUUUUACCUUAGGCUGUGGGAGAAGAGCAGAUGGGAUAAAAUUAUAUUUAUGUUGGAUGUAUUUUGGUACAAAUGGUUUUGCUGCUAAAGUCGAGCAUGCUUUUGAAAUUGCUCAAUAUAUGACAAUGAAAGUGAAAAACACUGUCAAUCUACUAAUGGUACAAGAUCCUUCUUUUGUUAAUACAUGUUUCUGGUAUUUACCUAGUGAUAUAUUGAAAAAUUAUACAAAAGAACAAAUUAGAGACAUUUUGAAUGACAAUCAGAAUUCCGAUCGUGAACAUCUAUUUAAACGACUUGAAUUUUAUACUUCAAACAUUCAUAAAGAAUUACAAUCAAAUUUAACAAUAAUGAUAGAUUAUGCACCGAUAGACAGAUUACCUAAAUUCUUCCGGAUUCCAUUUGUUUCAUUUAAAGUUACAAACACUCAUGUUGAUUUUAUUGUGAAUGAAAUAGUUAAGAUAGGAAUGAAGAUAGAAGAAAGAUAG